UGCUUUCUACGCCAGGAUCCAUGUCAGGUCGCGGCAAACAAGGCGGCAAGGCUCGCGCCAAGGCCAAGACGCGCUCGUCGCGGGCCGGCCUGCAGUUCCCGGUGGGCCGCGUCCACCGCCUGCUCCGCAAGGGCAACUACUCGGAGCGGGUCGGGGCCGGCGCGCCCGUGUACCUGGCGGCCGUGCUCGAGUACCUGACGGCCGAGAUCCUGGAGCUGGCGGGCAACGCGGCGCGCGACAACAAGAAGACGCGCAUCAUCCCGCGCCACCUGCAGCUGGCCAUCCGCAACGACGAGGAGCUCAACAAGCUGCUGGGCCGCGUGACCAUCGCGCAGGGCGGCGUCCUGCCCAACAUCCAGGCCGUGCUGCUGCCCAAGAAGACCGAGAGCCACCACAAGGCCAAGGGGAAGUGAAAUGCUGGCCGUAUUUUCUUAACGUGGGUUUUUUCCUAAUCAAGAGUUAACCUAACAACUUGCAAAGGCUCUUUUAAGAGCCACCCACCUUUUCCACCGAAAGAGCUGUCCUGCUUUGAGCUAUUACGAGCGCUUAAAAA